ACCCAAGGACAAUGCUAUAGUGGUGUGUCGAUCUAGAGCAAAGACAGAUCGAUAAAGGUCAAGAUAUGGAGGUUGCUGCUGGGGCCAUGGGCCCUGUCAUAUCUAAGCUCGGUGAGCUCCUUGUUGGAGAAUACAACCUGGAGAAGCGAGUAAAGAAAGGCGUCCAAUCGCUCCUUACAGAGCUGGAGAUGAUGCACGCUGUACUUCGCAAGGUUGGUGAGGUGCAGUCAGACCAGCUCGACGAGCCGGUCCGGAUUUGGGCUGGCAAGGUGAGAGACCUCUCUUGCGACAUGGAAGACGCUGUUGACGACUUCUUGGUGCGUGUGGAUGAGGGUUCAAGCAGCAAGCCAACGAACAUGAGGAAUCGAGUCAAGAAGUUUCUCAAGAAGACCACCAAACUUUUUGUUAAGGGCAAAGCACUUCAUCAAAUAUGUGAUGCCAUUGAAGAAGCUCAGGAUCUUGCCAAGGAGUUGGCGGACCUACGUAAAAGGUACGAGCUUGACAUGUGUUGCACUACCAAUGGUGCUACCAUCGACCCUCGUGUGUUAGCUCUACACAAAUAUGUAGAGGAGCUUGUUGGGGUUGACCGCGCAAGGAAAGAGCUUAUCAAAACACUGAUUUGUGAGGACGGGAGUCCCAAGGAGCAAUUGAAGACGAUCUCUAUUGUUGGUGUUGGUGGGCUAGGCAAGACAACGCUCACCAAAGCAGUCUAUGAGAAGAUCAAAACCCAAUUUGAUUGUGUGGCUUUUGUCCCCAUGGGUCAGAACCCAGAUAUCAAGAAAGUUUUCAAGGACUUACUCUAUGGCCUUGACAAUGAAAAGUUUAGUGACAUUCAUAAUACAACACGGGAUGAAAAUCUACUCAUCAAGCAAAUCAGUGAUUACCUUGUGCAUAAGAGGUACCUCAUCGUAAUCGAUGAUAUAUGGGAAGAACAAAUAUGGAGAUGUAUAAAUUGUGCUUUGUAUAAAAACAAACUUCAUAGUCGGGUAAUCACAACAACCCGCAAUAUGAGUGUGUCUGAAGCAUGUCUCUCUUCCAGUGAUGACAUGAUUCACAAAAUGAAACCUCUUUCCGAUGAAGAGUCGCAGAUACUCUUCCAUAGAAGAAUAUUUCAAAGCGAGGAGAAAUGUCCAGAAGAUUUGCAAGCAGUAUCAAGAGAGAUACUGAAGAAAUGUGGUGGAGUACCAUUAGCCAUCAUUACAAUAGCUAGCCUUCUAGUCAAUAACCAAAGGAUAAAGCAGAAAGAAGAAUGGAUGCAUGUGCACAGUUCGAUGGGCCGUGGAGUUACAGAAGGUGGUAUUGUGAAGGACAUGAAGAGGAUAUUAUCACUCAGCUAUUAUGAUUUGCCUUCGCAUCUGAAGGCUUGUUUGUUAUACCUAAACAUCUUUCCUGAAGACUUUGAGAUUAACAGAGAUUGGCUGAUAUGGAGGUGGCUUGCUGAAGGGUUUAUCCAAUGUGACAAAGAUGAAACCAGGCUGUUUGAGAUCGGAAAGAGCUACUUCAACGAGCUUAUGAACAGGAGCUUGAUCCAGCCAGCGAAAACCAAUUAUGAAGGAACAGUAGUAACUUGUCGUAUACAUGAUAUGGUGCUUGACCUUAUAUGCUCGCUGUCAAGUGAGGAGAAUUUUAUCUCCAUAUUGGAUAAUGCGGAGUGGAAUGCACCUAAUCCGCAAAGAAAAUUUCGCAGGUUAUCACUUCAUAAUAUCAAGGCAAAGGUUCAGAACCAUCAGUUUGAUAGCACUAGCCUGUCAAAAGUUAGGACCUUUGCUGUUUUCUCUCCUGUUACCUGUGAUUGGUUGUCAUCUCCCUCAAGCUUCCAAUUUUUACGUGUUCUGGAUCUUGGAAAUUGUGGCAGCCGUGAAAGUAGCUCUGGUAUCAGUCUCAAGUAUGCAGGGAAUUUAAUUCACCUAAGGUAUCUAGGGCUCAGGAAUGCAGAUGUUCACGAACUCCCAUUGGAGAUAGGAAAGAAGUUACAGCUUUUGCAGACACUAGAUAUACGAGGGAGUAGCAUAAUAGAAUUACCUAAAAGUAUUGUUCAACUAAGAAAAUUGAUAUGUCUAUAUGUUGAUACUGGCUUGAGGCUGCCAGAAGGAAUGGGGAACUUGACGUCCCUCGAAGUGCUGCAGGAAGUAAACCUAACCUCAUCUCCUCAUAUUGUGAAAGAGCUGAGCCAUUUGACAGAGAUUAGGAGGAUCGAACUUCACUGUGAUAGUAAGGCCGUGGAUCUGAUCAAUAUGGAUAUAUUAACUGAGUCCCUAGGCAACUUGCAAAAAUUGCAAAUUCUGUGUAUUGAUUUUGGUGGCGUAUUGUCGGAGUGCAUACGUGAAAGCUGGGUGCCCCCUCCACACCUCCAUACUUUUCAUUCAUGGGGCACCCACCUAGGGUCGGUCUUGAGACUUCCAAAGUGGAUUAACUCAACGUCGCUUCCCCACAUCUCCAGCCUGGCCAUAUUUGUGGAAGAACUGCAAGGGGACGACAUUCAGAUAAUUGGGAGGCUGCCUGCUCUUCGGCAUCUGGGCCUGCGUGCACGUCGCGUGGUCGGAACGUUGGUUGUGAGGGCUGAUGCAUUCCCAUUCACGAGAUGCUGCUUAUUCUCUUUUAACCACUGA